GUAGGAAUAGUACCCACUCCUUCUCCAUGAUGUGCGUAAGGUAAUCUACCCUACGCAGGGCCGCAACACAUAACUCUUGAUUCAAGAUCCUUCUCUUUCUUGUCUUGAUCGGCAUGGCUUCGCAAACUAGUGCGUCGAAUAUAUUGUUGACGACUGGGCUCGUCCUGAAUGAGUCUGACAAGAGAAUGAUUACAUGGGCAGCAAGUCAUGUAGAUGCGAUCUGCAUUGAUGCGACAUGAUCUUUCGAAAAAUUUCUCGAUGGGACCUUGGUCGAGUCCUUUCUCGGGGCGCGCUGUUUUAUGCCACCACUUGGAGCUGCUAAUUUGCGGGCUUUCUACCAUGGGCGUCCUUCGAUCGGACCGGCGAACCGCAAGGAGCGAAGACCCGUAUCCGGUUAUUCCACUGGAAUCGAACGCAACCGAGCCAUCCGCGCCCAAUCGUGCCGAAUGCGAGGUUUCAGGUCGCGGUGCUUGUGUAUCUCUCCGGAGAGGCGUGUCGCCGUCGCCAUGUCUGAACGCCGCGGGUAUUCCGGCUCAGCUGCAGCGUGCGCUAUACAUAUCUACUCUGGAUACAUGGAUUAGAGAAGAGCGCUCGACCGAUUGUGUGUAUUCUUCAAGGAUGUCGGUCAUCCUGAGCCCCGGGCACUGCAUAGGCCUACGCCCUGAUGUCGAAUGAGGAUGCUGGUUAAUCAUGAGCCUCAGCGUCUUUGCCUAGCAGGGCACAAGUCGUGAAGUUUUGUGUGCCCCGCGCUCAUCGGCCUCGAUUGCGUAUCGCAGCGAGUUUGUGACAAGUCGGAUAUACUUUGGCCGGCAUCCGGAAAUGUCUAUAUUGGGCCUCUGAUGUAUGAGCUCGAU